AUGUCUGAUAGAGACAAAGAAGAAAUGACAGGAUCAACUCCAACUGAUACUUUAUCAACAUCAACAGCAACAGCCAAUGGUGAUACACUGUCAUUGGAUACAUCAUCAACAUCAUCAUUGUCAUCAUCAACAAGCACCAACAACAAUGAAAAUGACAAUAAAGGACAGGAUUCAAAUGCAUCAAAUGAUCAUACAUCCCUGACUAAAAGAAAACGUACUACCUCUAUAAGUGCCAAUAACAAUAGUGGUAGUAAUAGUAGUGGAGAUGCAGAACAAGAGGAAAAGGAAGACGCAGAACAAUACGAUGAGGAUACAUUGACCGAAAAUAAAAAUACAGAUAGCGAGAUGAAUGGUGAUUCAACCGCAGGAACAGCUGGUACAUCAUCAGCAUCGACAGAUUCCACCUCUACAGGUUCUAAAACUAGAAAAUCAAUUGGUACUCCAAAGCAAGCAAAAACAAAUAGACAUGAACUCAUGUUGACACCAGCAGAGGCAAAGGAACUAUCAAAAAAUAAAAAAUGGGUAUAUGUACCAAUCAUCGAACAAAAACCAUUGGAAGAGCAAAAGUUGCCAGCAAAGCGAGAGCGAAAGCAGAUACAUUUGAACGAUUAUAUUACAACUACUCCAACACGUGGCACUCGAGGUUCAACCAAACAGGAAGAGAAAAUAGAACCAACCAAUAUAAUCGCCACACCUAAAAGAAAAUCAUCAGCCAAGGCUAGUGCCAAAACUAGUCCCAAAUCAACAACUAAAAAGGGCAAGGCAUCAUCGUCAUCAGAUGAAAUACCAAAUAUUGUAGAACCAUCAACCUCUUCAUCUUCUACUUCUACUACUACUACGACCACAUCAACAGGAAAUAUUGCACAACUUCAAGAAACUAUUCACGAUCUCGAGGAUCAACUUCGAUCAGUUAAAGAGAAAAUGGCUCAAUCUACAUCGCCAACCCUCACCAAAUCCACUCUUCAUCCACCUGCACCACCCAAACGUCAUAGAAUGUCCAGUCUCUACAGUGACGACGAGGAUGAAAUGGAUAUUGAUGAUGCUCGUGUAGUCAUUGAAGAGUUGGUACCACCUCCCCCCAAAACACAGAAAAAGAAAAGAUCUGCUAGUACUUCUUCCACCUCUUCUUCUUCUACCACUACCACCACCUCUUCAUCUCUUUUAACAACAUCCAAUCCAAAUACACCUAUAACCAAACCAAGGGCUCCUCCCACCAUUAAAAAGCAACGAUCUGCUCCAAGCACACCGAUCACCAAGCCCCAAACCACGCCGCUCAUCACAUCUGAGCGUGCUCAACGUUCGACCAAGGGUCGUCGUCGUGUUGGUCCACCCACCGAAAACAGCUUGACCGGUGCCAUGAAGAGAUGUUUUGAUAUUCUCGAGACACUCUCUAACCACCAACACUCGUAUCCCUUUUUGGCGCCGGUCGAUCCCGUCGCACUCGGCAUUCUCGACUAUUUCGACGUUGUCAAGCACCCAAUGGACUUUGGCACGAUCCGUAACCUGCUCUUGUCGGGUGUCUACCAAGAGAUGGAGGAGUUUGCCAUAGACUGUCGCCUGGUGUUUAGCAAUGCCAAGGACUACAACCCACCCAACAACCCCGUUCACAUCAUGGCCAUCACACUGGAAGAUAUCUUUGAGCGCAAGUACUCCAAGCUCCAAAAUACUCCCAACCUCGAGACUGCCGAAGAGGUGAGCGAAGAAGAGCGAAUCAAAAAAUUGACCGAAGAGAACAAACACAUGCAAAAAGAGUUGGAAAAGAUGAAGAGAGAGUCGCGAAAACCAAAGCAACCUCAGAUGACCUUGGAGGAAAAGACACAACUUGGCACCAACAUCUCUUUCCUUCCACCCGAACGUCUUAGAGACCUCAUCUCGAUCGUCUCUCACACUCUGCCCAACACUGCUCAAGACGAGAUUGUCAUUGACCUCGAGAAGCUCGACAACAGCACACUUCGCAAGAUGGAGCAGUUUGUAUUCUCGUGUUUGCGUGAACAAGAAGACUAUGGCAACGACAUUAAGCAAAAGGAGAUUGAGAGUGUCACCAAGCAGCUCAAUAUGGUCAACAGAGGACUUCGUCACAAAAAGAACAUCUCCAAGCCAAUCUCCAAGGCUACUGGUCGUAAGAUGGCCUUGAGAAAGGAAGAAGAUGUCAUUGUUGAUGAUGUUGAAAUGAAAGAAUAUCCUCCCGUUAUCAUUGAAAAGGAUAGUCAUAAUAAUCAUCAAAAUCAACAACAUCAACAACAACAAAAUCAACAACAACAACAGUAUCAACAAAAUAAUAACAAUAAUAAUAAUAAUAAUAAUGAUGGUACAAGUGAUUCUGGUAGUUCUGAUAGUGAUUCUGAUAGUGAUUCUUCAGAUAGUGAUAGCUCUUCUUAUUCAGAUUCUGAAUAUAGUGGAAAUGAAAAUAAUAAUAACAAUUCUUAUAACAAUAACGGAAAUAAUAAUAAUAAUAAUAAUAACAAUAGCAGCAGUAGUAACAAUAAUAAUAAUAAUAAUAAUUCCAACAAUAAUAGCAAUAAUAAUAAUAAUAAUAAUAAUAGCAGUACUAAUAAUAACAAUCAACCACCUCAAAACAACCAACCAAUUACAAAUGUAGAAACACCGAAAAAUAACUUAUCAACACCUCAAAUCAUUCAAACCAACAGUACAAAGAAAAACAUUGAACUACCAAACCAGGUAGCUUCUUGGAGUUUUGAUAAUGGUGCCAAUAACAAUAGCAAUAAUACCACUACAACUACAAAGACCAACGGCGGAAGUGAUAUUUCCACUUCUUCACCCGUUGCCUCGAGUACUGUGAUCAAUUCUGCAACUUCUGCAUCAACACCACCCAUCACUGCCCUCCCUACUCCAACUGCUGCCGCCACGGUUGCUAGCACCACUACUACAACUGUCGACACUACUACUACUAUAUCAGCCACUACUACUACUACUACCCCUGCUGCAACUGUUACCACUACCACCUCUACAACUACCACUGAUAUAUCAUCUUUAAGCAACAAUGUACCAACCACAACCUCUCCAACCAUCUCUCAAUCCCUUUCACCAUCUUCACCGAGUAGCAACACCGAUCAGACCUGGAAUCAUUUCAAGGCAAAAAAUAACACCCUAAAACUAAGAGAAAAGGAAAGAGUCGAGCAAGAAGAGCAACUCAAAAGGGAUAGAGAAGAAGAGGCCAAAAAAGAGGAAGAAAGAAAGCGAAAAGAACAAGAAUUGGCAGAUGCAAUGGCAAAAGAAAAGGAAGAAAAGGAAGCAGAAGAACAAAGAAAAAGACUUGAUUUGGAAAGAGCUGCUGCAAGAGAAGAAAGAGAAAAGACCUCAAAAUCAAAUAUUUCAUUCCAAUAUCAAAUGGAAGUUAUGGCAUCCUAUGAAAAUAAUUUUAGCAACAAUAUCGAUAAUUCUUCACUACUCAACCUUCAAUUUAAACCUAUCGAGGAUAGCUAUGACUCUCCUGCUAUAAAAGAAUAA